GACUGACAAACAUGCACAUGCACAGUAGUAGCGAGCAGUCAGGUGUUAGACCUGAUCAGAAUGAGUCUCUCUACACUAUCAUAAACUACAAAUCAUGGGGUUCAUCUUUCAAAGACUCAUAUCGAAAAAUUUAGAUAUAUUUUAAUAACCAGUGUUUGACAGAGGCGUCUGUCCUCUCUCGCUAGUUGAAUUUUUAUUUUAAUUUUUUUUUUGUAUUAAUUUAUGGCCGCUAUGGAUUACCUGUUGCAGGUGAAAGUUGGAGCUCUGGUUGGGCUGCUGUUCCUAACUCUGUUUUUUGGUUUUAUCCCAGUGCGGAUGAAAUGGUUUCAAGUCUCUAGUGGAACAGUGACCCACAGUGCCUUGCUGAGUUUUGUGAGCUGCUUCGCGGGUGGCGUCUUCCUGUCCGCCUGUUUGUUAGAUAUCAUCCCAAAUUACCUUGCCGACAUACAUGUGGUGCUACAAAAACAAGGCCUUGAUAAAGGCUUCCCGCUUGCAGAGUUCAUCAUGGCAUGUGGCUUCUUCACAGUCUUGAUCUUGGAAAAGAUAGUUCUGAGUUGCACAGAGGGCCACAGAAAUGAGGAGACGGCUCCUCUUUUAGCUCCUGCAGGUAACGGACAUGCCCAUGGACACCACUCGGUGAAUGAUCCGGAGGGGAGCGGUCACCACGUCCACAUGGACAUUCACGCGCACUCGUCCUUCCGCUCCUUCAUGCUCUUCCUGUCUCUCUCUCUCCACUCGGUGUUUGAGGGUUUGGCCAUUGGCUUGCAGACCACAGACACGAAGGUGCUGGAGAUCUGCGUUGCUAUCCUGGUCCACAAGAGCAUCAUCGUCUUCAGUCUGUCGGUGAAGCUGGUUCAGAGUGGGGUCAGGCCCCUGUGGGUGAUGCUGUACGUGGCCGUCUUCGCUGUGAUGUCUCCUCUCGGCAUUGGCAUCGGCAUCAUUGUGAUCGAGGCUCACCUGGAGGCUGGCGCUUUCAUCCAGGCGGUGCUGGAGGGGCUGGCGGGCGGGACGUUUGUCUACAUCACCUUCCUAGAGAUCCUUCCCCAUGAACUGAACUCCCCCGAGCGGCCUCUGCUCAAAGUGUUCUUCCUCCUGUGUGGUUUCUCAGUAAUGGCUGGUCUGACUUUCCUGGGCUGAAAAAUACUUUCCCCAGGACCAGAAAACUGGAGCCUCGAGCAAAUCGCACUGAGUGAGCCUUCACAAACUGCAUGAAAGACUCCGUUUGCUUGCUUUUUAGAAGAACUGAUAUUUUCAGAUGCUGAUGUCUUUAAAAACUUUGACCUGAUCUUUUAUCAGUUUUAAAUGAGGGAAGAAAAAAAUUCCUCAGCACUGAGAAGCAUAUAUAAAUGGAGACUUUUACAGAUGUAUUUUUUUUACUUGAAUUUUUUUAGCUUUUUUAAACUCUUCAUAUUUUAUCUGUGAAAUUGUUUCCAUGCCACUUUUGUGUUUUCUCUUUGCCAUGCAUAACACUAUCCAUAAACCACCAGCUUUCUGACUGAUUUUACAUACACUGCAAUAUUUCUGUAAGUUACAUACAGUUAUUCAGUAUUGGUUUUCUCCUUUUAUGUGCUACAUUUCCUUUACAUUUACGUAAAUGUGAUGAGCAACCAAAUGUUUUGAUUGCACAGUUUGGAUUUACAGAUUUCACAGUAAAAUAAGACAAAAUGUGUAUAACUAGUAUUGUGUUUUAAAGACUACAUAUGGAAGUAUGAUUAUGCAACAUAUUAAAGCAAUAUAAAUAUAUUUUCAUUUCAAACUAAUGGAAACAGCAUGCAGUUUUAGUUGAGAAGUGUUUCUGUGCCUUUAUUUGAAAGAAAACUAACAUAUAGCAUGUUACUGAUUCAGCAGCUUAAAAACCUUUUACUAAACAAUAGCACUAAUGUUUAAAUAUAUUAAGAGACAUUACUGGAUUUCAUUUAGUUUGCUUUCUGUUUCAAUAUGCUCUGUCUGGGGUAGUUAAAAGCAAAGUAUGAUUUUGAUACGAAACUGUUCAAACUUCAGACGUUAUCUUGCAGUACCACAUUUAGCCUCUAGAUGUCAGGCUUCUACACAGAAUGUUGGUUAAGUAACCCCAUACUACUUGGUACUGUUUUUGCAGUAGGCCUAUGUGAAUGAGUUCAUAUAUGAGAUGUUACUGCACAAAAUCAGAGCACAUUGCAUUAGAAAAUGUAUCCCACAAUGCGGUGUGCUCAAACUUCCUUUCCAGUGUAAUAUUACCAUCUUUCAAGGCUCAUUUAAUCAAGCUACCCAGACAUUUGUACACAUAACUGUAAUAAAAAUUCAACAUUUUUA